AAGAUGUUGUUACAUAACCUCAAAGAUGUUGAUCAAAACAUUGAUAUUUUGAGAAUUACUGUUGUAUUUUACUGGGUGGAAAUAAUAUUGGAUUAUAUUAUAGAAUGAUUAUACCGAUCAGCCUUCUAACUACGUCUUUAAAACUUCUCUUAAUUCCUGCAUAUUAUUCGACCGACUUUGAAGUUCAUAGAAACUGGCUUGCUAUAACACAUAGCUUGCCAAUUAAGAAAUGGUACUUCGAAAACACAUCAGAAUGGACUCUAGAUUACCCUCCACUUUUUGCUUGGUUCGAAUACUUAUUGUCAUUUCCAGCUCAGUUAUUCGACAAGAAUAUGCUAGUGGUUGAAAAUUUAAACUAUGAUUCAAAGCAAACUAUUCUUUUCCAAAGACUUUCUGUUAUAUUUAUGGAUGUUGUAUAUAUCUAUGGAGUUCAUAGAUGCUGCAAAGUGGUUUCGAAAGGUUGGAAAACAAAUGUUGUCUUACCUAUAUUGCUUUUAGUUAACUGUGGUCUUAUAUUUGUUGAUCAUAUACAUUUCCAAUACAAUGGUUUCAUGUAUGGAAUAUUAUUGAUAUCAAUAUCCUAUAUGUGGACUGAAAACUAUUUGAAAUCUGCCUUCUUCUUUUGUGUCCUACUCAAUCUAAAACAUAUAUAUUUGUAUGCAGCUCCUGUUUAUUUCAUAUACUUAUUGAAGAAUUACUGUCUACAAAAUCGAACAGUUCUCUAUGCACUAAAAAAUGUGCAAUGUUGGACAAACACAUUAAAAUUGGGGACGAUUGUUUUAGGAAUUUUUUCAAUUACUUUUUUCCCAUUUUAUGAUCAUCUUCCUCAAGUACUUUCAAGAUUAUUUCCACUAAAAAGAGGACUGUGUCAUGCGUACUGGGCUCCAAAUUUUUGGGCUAUAUAUAAUGUUGCUGAUAAAGCUGCCUUCAUUAUUGCAUCGAAGCUAGGAUUUGUCCUGUCAGAAACUAAAGCAUCAAUGACUGGUGGUUUGGUACAAGAAUAUUCCCACACUUUUUUACCGAAUAUUACACCUAUGAUAUCACUUAUGAUAUCUUUUAUUGCGAUGGUACCAUGUUUGUUCAAGCUGUGGAAAAUGAAGUCCAGCUCUGACUUUGUUCGUUGUAUUGUUCUUUGCUCAUUGACUUCAUUUGCAUUUGGAUACCAUGUUCAUGAGAAAGCAAUAUUAAUGUCUGUGAUUCCUCUAACAUUAUUGUCCAUCAUCAGAUAUUUCGAUGCAAGAAUUUUUCUGCUUCUUUCUACAGUUGGACAUUAUUCUCUAUUUCCUUUAUUGUUUCCAACAAAUUUGAUUUUAGUAAAAACUUUGAUAUUCCUCUUGUAUUCUCUCUAUGCAUUCCAUAGUUUGACAAAAGUAUAUACUCUCAAAAUUUGUAAAUAUUCCUUACCAUUGUUAAAUAUUCCAGAGAGUUUAUAUCUGUUAGGUUUGAGUUUAAUUUAUUUUUAUGAAAAUUUUAUACAUAAUUUAUUAGGCCUUGGCGAAAAAUUACCUUUCCUACCUUUGAUGAUGAUUUCUGUUUAUUGUUCCAUAGGUGUCAUGUAUUGUUGGUUUAGAUAUUAUAUUUACUUUUUACAAACUCCUAUUGUACAAACAAAAUUGAAAUCUAAAUAAAAUUUUAUACUUGA